UUAUACGAAAAAGAUAGACACAAAUUAUAAAAUGUAUUGAAUAUGCUUGGAAUAAAUGCCCUAAGGGCUAGACACUUAGAAAAUGCUCUGAUUCAGUAUGAAAAACUUAAUACCGGCCGCCUGGCAGUUGAUACCUUUCUAAAAUUCUAUUUUCGCGCGAAUAAAGUUUCUACUAGUAAUAGGAGCUGGGUUUCUGAACAUAUGUAUGAGAUAAUGAGAUGGAAGGCCCUGAUCGAGUAUACGAGUAGUAAACCUUCAACGUGGACUUCUAUGUUGAACAACUAUUUAUUGAGUGACAGAUGGAGAUUGAUGAGCAACAACAAAAAAUUGCCUCCGUUCAUAAGGUGUUCCUUUCCUGAGGAGCUUUAUGUGCUAAUUGAAGAAGAAUAUGGACAGAAUAAGGCUAUACAAAUUUGCAAUAUUCUUAACGAAGAGCCCGUAAUACAUUUAAGGGUAAACACAUUAAAGAUUUCAAGGGAUAAAGCGUAUAAAUUUCUACUUCAUAAAGGAGUUGAUGUAGAAAAAUGUGUAGAUUCCCCUUGUGGUUUACUCGUCACUGAUAAGCAGAAGCUCUUUAGCUCUCCGGAAUAUCGUAGAGGAAUCGUAGAAAUUCAGGAUGAAUCAAGCCAGCUUGUCGCUCUAAGAGUUAUGAGUAAGUCUGGAGAAAAGGUGCUGGACUAUUGCGCCGGUUCUGGAGGUAAAUCUUUGGUUUUUGGCCCUAGCAUGGAAAACAAAGGCAGAAUUUACCUGCAUGAUAUUAAUGAAAAUCUCCUGUUAAAGGCAAAAAAGAGGAUGUACAAGGCUGGAAUAAGAAAUUACUUUGUCAUGGAUCCAAACCUUACUGAUCUUGGAAAAUUAUACGGUCAAAUGGACUGGGUAGUUACUGAUGUUCCUUGCACUGGAGUAGGAGCAUUUAGGAAGAGCCCUGAGAGAAAAUGGGAAUUCAAAAAACAUCAUGUCGUAGAAUAUGUUAACAAACAACGUUCGAUCGUAGAGAAUGCCCUUAAAUAUCUGAAAAGGAAUGGAAAACUGGUAUAUAUAACAUGUAGCAUUUUUAAAUGUGAAAAUUCAAAUCAAAUCGACUAUUUUUGUAAGAAACACGACUUGGAAUUGGUAGAACCACCAACUUUUCAAUUGCCACAAUCUAGAGGAAUGAAUGGCUACUUUAUCGCAACGUUACGAAUGAAAGGAACAAUAUAA